AUGACCGAAUUGGCCAAGGAGAACGUUGACAUUGAGGCAGGCGAGCGAGACGGCGAUAGCAGCGACGGCGUCAUCCUCGACCUCGCUGUAGCCCACGCCGCUUCUAACCUCAAGACCGCACCAGAUGGCCAUACAAUCCUUCUCCCCCAGCCUACAGACUCCCCAGACGACCCUCUCAACUGGUCGGCUGCUAGGAAAUGGACAAUCUUGCUCAUAAUCUCGUUUGCGGCAUUCCUGCCAGAUUAUGGCUCUGCUGUUGGAGCCGUCACCCUCCUCCCGCAGGCAGAGAUAUGGCAUAUGACGCCCGACGAGGUUAACCACUCUCAGGCUGGCAACGUCUUCAUGCUCGGGAUCGGAGGCAUCGUCACUGUCAUCUCGUCUGCCUACUUUGGCCGUCUGCCAGUGCUCUUCUGGUUCAUGGUGGGCGCUGUUGCCACCGCGAUCUGGUGCACCGCCGCCCAGUCCUUUGAGUCUUUUAUGGCCGCGCGCAUUCUCAAUGGCUUCUUCUCUACCGUUGCCCAAGGAGGUGGCCUCAUGUUCAUCAAUGACAUCUUCUUCUUCCACGAACACGCCCGGAAGAUCAACAUCUGGUCCAGCUUCAUUAUCGUCUCACCUUAUCUCGGCCCCCUGCUGACUGCCUUCAUCAUCAACACUCAGAUAUGGCAGUGGGCUUUCGGCGUCUACUCCAUCGAAACAGGCCUCUGCUUCAUCGCUAUCAUACUUUUCAUGGACGAGACCUACUACGACAGAAAACUACCUGCAGAGGAACGACCAGCUCGUGUCUCCCGCUGGAAACGCCUCAUCGGCAGCGAACAAUGGCAGUCCCGGCACCAGCGCAACAGCUUCAAAGAUGCAUUUAUGCGGCCCUUUAUCGUCAUCGCAAAACCACCUAUGUUCAUUUCCUGCACCUUUUACCUUCUAACUUUUGCAUGGGUUGUCGGCAUCAAUACCACUUUAGCCAUCUUUCUCGUACCCGUCUACGGCUUCGGACCAAAGCAGAUCGGGUUCUUCUACUUCACUCCUGUCGUUGCCGCUAUCCUAGGAGAGAUUGUUGGCCACUGGCUGCACGACCGCGUAGCUAAUUUCGCUGCUUCUCGGAACCACGGCCGCUUCGAGCCCGAGGCCCGCUACCUUGUCAUCUGGAUAAGUACACCUUGCAUCUGCGCUGGUCUCAUUCUGCUUGGUUUCGCCCUCGAACGCAAAUACCACUAUAUGCUCGCCUCCUUAGGGUGGGGCCUCUACGUCUUCGGUAUCAUGAUCACCACUGUUGCUACAAGCGCUUAUGUCCUCGAUAGCUACCCCGAGGCCAGCGGUGAGGUAGCUUCCUGGCUUAACUUCUCCCGCUCCACAGCAGGUUUCAUAGUCAGCUAUUUCAUGGUUCGCUGGGCCGGAGACCAGGGCCCCAUUCGUCAAUUCGGUGCCAUGGCAGGCAUCUGUGGCUUCGCCUUUGUACUGCUUUUGAUAUUCCAGCACUUUGGCAAAAGGAUUAGGCAUUGGGCUGGCCCUGUCAACUUCAAGACUAUCUAA